CUUCCGUCGAAAUGAAUUCGGAGAAUGAUCACUUAAAUUUUAUCACAUCCAUCGAAAACGACGACGUGCAAACAGCGGUGCGAAUCUUCGUCGAGAGAUUCGAUAAAAAAUUCUUACAGCCGGUCGGAGUGCUUCGCGUGACUGCUGUUCAAUUGGCAGCCUGGAAGGGUAACAUCGAGCUGUUGGAUUUAUUGUACGCAAGUCGACCCGAUAUUAACGCCACGGACAAGAUCGGGAGAUGCGCGCUGUUUCACGCGGCUCAUCGUGGAAACGCAGAGGUGGUGAAUUGGCUGCUGCAGCACGGAGCCUCCACGGAAACUAGAAGCGGAGUCGAGUACUGCUACAAGAACAUUUCCGGCUGCUCUUUGAACCCUUGCUUCAUCGGCCGAGACUUACCCGCGCCAGAGUGUUGGGGACGAACACCCAUGCACCAAGCCGUGAAGAACAAUCACUCCGCUGUCGUGAAGAUCCUGGUACACGCCGGAGCAGACGUAAACGUCAAAGAUGAACGUGGAAUCACGCCGUUGCUCCUGGCAGGAUGCACAGUUGCGAAAGAAGACUCCGACGAGGUUUCGAAAUUCAACGACAUCAUCGAUACGCUCGUUACCGCUAAGGCUAUGGCAAACGCCAUUCACCCAGAUACAGGUACUACCGCGCUACAUUCAGCGGCCUCGCUAGGAAGUCCCGUAGCAACGAAAAGGUUACUGAACGGUGGUGCGUGGCCUCUUUAUCAAUGUAAAAGCACAGGAAGUACUCCUCUUCAUCUGGCUGCCAGCACGGGUAACCCAGAGACCCUUUCAAUCCUGCUAGAGAACGUACCGGCUCGUCACGUGGACAUUCGAGAUAACAUUAAUCGAACGCCAUUGCAUAGGGCAUCUUACCAAGGCCAUCACGAAUGCGUUCAAAUAUUGAUCGAUCAUGGCGGUAACUUGGCUGCCGCAACGAAAACUGGAGUCACAGUGAUCGACGCUAUAUUCGCUCAUAUACCAACCCCGGUACUGCUCCUAAACGAUAUCUUGGACUCCCGUGUCAGGGUAAAUUCCAUCGACAAAAGUUCCCAGAUCAUCGUUGACUUCAACGUGCUAGCGCCAAAAGGGGAACUGCAAAUGGGAGUAGUUAUGUCCCUUAUUGCAGCAGCCUCGAACGUGGAACAAUUGACGAUACUGCAACAUCCGCUUGUGGAAACGUUCCUGUGGCUCAAGUGGUCCAAGCUGAGAGUAUUCUUCUUCAGUCUCGUCUUCGUCCACACCCUGCUGGUCCUUUCCCUGUCUGGUUACUCCAUAACGAUACUGCAACACGAGACUGAUUGCACCCCGUUGCGGAGGAUUCUCGCUUCCUGUUCUUUCGUUCUCUUCCUGCACAACGUGGUUCAGAUGUCGAUGGUGCCUAGACGUAACGUAUAUUUCAGAUAUUACCUGAGGCAAUUCGAGACCUGGCUAUCGUUCGCAUGCGCCCUGAUGUCGCUAACGAUCUCGAUGGUUAGCGGUUACGCGAGUGAGAUGACGAGUUCGUCGGGAGAAAAAGAAUUAAACCCUGCUCGACACCCCCCGCAGUGGCUGUUGCACUGCAUCAGCCUGGCAAUCCUGCUCGCCUGGAUGCAAAUGAUGCUGUUAAUCGGCCGCCUCCCAAUGUGCGGAUAUUACGCGCUCAUGUUCUCCACCGUGCUGAAGAAUAUUCUGAAGGUUCUCCUAGCGUUCGUCUGCCUGAUUGUCGGAUUCGCGUUCAGCUUCGCCGUUUUGUUCCACGGGAACGACCAGUUUCGCAAUUCCUGGAGGGCCGUCGUGAAGACCGUGGUAAUGAUGAUGGGUGAGUACGAGUACGGGGCUCUGUUCUCGGACGAGAAGAAUGGGAGUUCCUUCCUACCAGCCACGAGCAGGGUCGUGUUCCUUGCUUUCGUCAUGCUCGCUAGUAUCGUCCUGAUGAACCUGAUGAUCGGCCUCGCGGUCAAUGACAUCCAAGGUCUCGAGAAAGAGGGCCACAUUCGCCAAUUGCUGAAGCAGGCCGAGUUCGUGGGUCAUUUAGAAAGGCUGACAUCACACCGAAUCUUUCGCGGCAAUUGGCUACAUCCUCGGUUGGCCAGGCUGCUAGACUCGAGGCGCGGUAUUCCCACAAAAAUUACGUUCGGUUAUCACGAACGUUAUUUCCAUGAAUCAUCCCCCGGCGUGCCGGCGAGGCUGAGGGAGGCGCUGUUCCUGCUCGCCUCGGCAAACUCGCGCGACUGCAAAAGGUGGGCAACUUGUCGUGCAACGAACGGGUAAAGUUCGGUCGCCCGGCGGUCG